AUGGAAGUUUUAACACAAUAUCGUGUCACUUUCAUUUUAAAAAUGAAACUUACUUUAAUAAAAUAUUCUGUUUCACUAUAUUUUCUAAUUUUAAUUGUUUUCUGGUUUGCAACGGAGAUGACACUUAGUCGUGGUUUGAUGGGGCGCGGUCCUAGAGGAAUGGGUGGCCCAUAUGGAGGUGGUUUUGCAAGAGGUCGUGGUUCUGGAGGUGGACCAAGACGUGGUCCUGGAGGAAGAACAAGAAUGUUUGCAAGGGCAACACCUACAAUUCCAUAUUUUUAA